UGAAUUGAGUGGUAUUUUUGCUUUUUAUAUAUAGAAGAUGGAAGCAGAGUUGAUAAAUGCAGAGCUGGUGUUGCCAACACACUUCAGUUUCAAGAGGAUACAGAUAUAUGAGAAAUACCCAAAGGGACAACCAAGAGGCCGUUGGAAACACCUUAAGCAGAUUCUUCAAGCUGAAAAUUAUCAGAAUUGCCCUCCUGAUGAACCCAACUAUGUUAAUAUUGAGUCACCACCCUCCAUGCACCCACCUUUGAGAAUAUGCGAUAUUACAGGAUUCGAGGCACCUUACCAUGAUCCAAGGACCAACCUCCGUUAUGCAAAUACUGAUGUCUUCAAACUCGUGAGAUCACUUCCAAAUGAGCAUGUGCAAAGGUAUCUUGCAUUGAGAAAUGCAGCCGUUACUCUGAAAUAACUUGCAAGAAUUCGCUUUGACAAUGCUAGCCUACUCCUGUUUCUGUUUCUGCAGGAGAUAGGGUAGAGAUAUUAAAUAGUUUAGCUCGAAGAGAUGCAUAUUUAUUGUUAUUUGUGAUCUGUACUGUGGUGAGAGUAAACAUGAUUAAUUGCACCGAACUAUGUUUUGGAAUUUGUCAGUAUGGCUAAUUUGAUGUAAACCAAUCAGUGUCUGUAGCUUAGGUAACUGGAUCAUUUAUGGAUCUUGACCUUUUGGCAGGCUUGCUAUAUCAUGCAGUUGAUAGGUUCUUGAA